AUGAAGCUAGGCGCCGUCACUACUCUAGCAUUUGGCUUGGCCGCGCAGUUGCUCAACAACGCUGCAUACUCGACUAACGGCAAGAUCGAAACCACCGGCGAAGGUGUGCAAGUCAACACGUCCAAUUCCCUUCGUGCGGGGCCUCGAGGCUAUAACCUCCUCGAAGAUACGUCAGGCCGCAAGAAAUUGAUCCAUUUCGAUCGCGAGCGCGUUCCAGAGCGAGUCGUCCAUGCCCUCGGCUCUGGGGCGUAUGGUCAGUUCGAAUCCUAUGGCGAUUGGAGCAAUAUCACAAGUGCUUGUUGGCUACAGCAAGGAGCGAGAAGCGAGGCUUUCACCCGGUUCUCUGUCGUUGUCGCUAGCGCUGGAGGCAGCGAAGUGAACAGAGACACACACGGGUUUGCAACCAAGAUCUAUUCGGAAUGCGGCAAUCAAGACCUUGUCGGUAAUCAUGUGCCGUCGUUCUUCAUCAAUGACGGAAUUGACUUUCCAGAUCUGAUCCAUUCCGUCAAGCAAGAAGCGAACAAGGGAUUUCCAACAGAUGGCACUGCUCAUCCAACGGCAUACGACUUCUUCAAUCUGCAUCCCGAGGGGUCUUUCCAGCUCAUGACUGUGCUGUCAGAUCUGGGCAUCCCACGGGACGAACGACAUAUUCGUGGCAACGGAGUACACACAUAUCGCUUUAUCAAUGCGGCCGGGAAGUCCACGUUCUUCAAAUGGUACUGGAUGCCCACGCUGGGACUCCGGUCCUUGGUAUACGACGAAGCCACCACCCUGGCCGGCAAGCAAGCGAACUGGCAGCGGAUCGAUCUUUUCGACAGUAUCGAGGCUGGGAACUACCCGGAAUGGGAACUGGCAAUUCAGAUGUUCCCUGACGACGACACAUUCAUGUACAAAGGUUACGACCUUUUGAUCCCUACGCAAGUCAUUCCUUUUGAUGUUGCUCCUCUGGUUAAGCUGGGCAAGCUCACCCUCAACCGCAACUUCCGAAACUUCUUCGCCGAGCCAGAGGCCAUCUCUUUUGCGCCCUCGAAUGUUGUCGACGGCGUCAGCUGGGUCCCAGAUCCCGUGCUCCAGUGGCGAUUGAUGUCCUACGAUGACACUGCUUCACAUCGCCAUGGCUCCCCGAACAGCUACCUCCUGCCCAUCAAUAGGGCCAUUGCACCUGUCAACAAUAACUACCGCGACGGCUACAUGCAACCGCUUAUCUUUCAAGGCGAUCAGACGUCGACGCCCAACAACUUGGGCGGGGUCUCGUCCGCCAGUGCCAACGAAACGCUACCGUACACUUCUCCAGGAGAGACUGCUGGUCAAGGACCGAUUGGAAGAUACGCUCCAUCUUAUGACUCUUUCUACCAAACCAGAAUGUUCUGGUACGGCCUUGGACAGUACGCUCAGCAGCAUACCGUGGAUGCAUAUCGCUUUGAGCUUGCCAAUGUUGGUGACGCUACCGUCGUUCAGCGUUACAUCGACGAAACUCUGAACAACAUCGACAAUUGCCUAGCACGACGAGUCGCCUAUGGGAUUGGAGCCACGAUGCCGCCUGUAGGCACAGGUGCAGUGUCUAAUAACGCUACCUACCCGAAUUCGUACGCGUCAUCGUUUUACACUCUGGACACCAAUGUGACGAAGAGCAACGUUGGCCUUCAAGUGGCCGUCAUAGCGAAUGACACACUACUCACAGGCGGUGAUGUAGCGGCAAUGAUCUCUUUGCUAUCUGCACAGAAAGUCAGCCUCACUGUUGUUGCCCCUAAGAUUGGGACGCUCGCAUCAGGUGUGAAUGCAACUGCUUCAUUCCUUAUCUCAAGCAGUGUCUUCUACGAUGCUAUCUUCAUCGGGUCGAGCGGCAAUGCGUCUUCUACGAAUUCUGCAUCGCUCACCGCAGAUAUGGCAUCUUUCGUGGAGCAGGCGUACUCCCAUGGAAAGCCUAUCGGUGCUCUUGGAAGCAGUGGACCGGCUUUCCUGGCUGGUCUGGGUAUUUCGAACCAGCCUGGCGUCUUCAUUGAAGAAGUUGGUGAAGUUCUCGCCGUAGGUCAUGUUCAAAUUCUCCUCCGCUUUGCCUGA